UCAGCCAAGGUGGCUCUGCUUCUUUUUAUAUAUAUAUAUAUAUAUCAUGUUUGUUUCUUGCUAAUGUUGUUAUCUAUUUUUUCUUGGAACCUUACAAAACCAGAUAAAAAAAAAAUAAAAAUCAAAUUGAAUUAAUAGAAAGAAGAAACGGAUUGCAAAAGAGUGCUAAGAUAUACUGCUACACUAAUUUCUGCGAGUUCUCAGUUAUUCAACUUUUUGUUUUCUUCUGUCACAAUGGAGGUAGUUGCUGCUGUUGGAGGAGGUCUCAUAUCUGCUUCAGUUGACUCGCUGUUUGAAAAGUUGGCAUCUGGUGAAUUGCUCAAGUUUGCUCAGGAGGAGCAAAUGCUUGCUGACCUCAAGAACUGGGAGACGAUGCUGAUAAAAAUCAAUGCUUUGCUCGAUGAUGCUGAAGAGAAGCAAAUGACGGACCGGGGACUGAAAAUUUGGCUUGAUGAGCUUCGAGACUUGGCCUAUGACAUAGAAGAUGUGUUGGAUGAGUUUUCCACAGAAGCUUUGAAGCUCAAGGUGAUGGGAGAUUCUCAAAAAAGCACAAUCAAGCUCCCAACUUGUUUCACUGGCUUUAGUCCUGCUUCUUUUGCAUUUAAGAAGAGGAUGGCAUCCAAGACAAAUGAUAUUACUUCAAGAUUACAGCGUAUUACAGUGCAAGAGCAGACUCUCAAUUUGACAAAGAUUGCAGGAGAGAGAUCUAACAAGUUGAAAGAAAGACCACCAACAAGUUCUUUGAUACAAGAAUCACAUACUUAUGGUAGGAAGGAUGAUAAGGAAGCAAUUGUUCGAAAGUUGUUGACUGAUGAAGUUGGGGACAAUCCGGUUCGUGUGAUCCCUAUAUUGGGGAUGGGAGGAAUUGGAAAGACCACUUUGGCUCAGUUAGUCUACAAUGAUCCCAGAGUGAAGGCGUACUUUGAUAUCAGAAUAUGGGUAUGCGUUUCAGAACAUUUUGAUGUUGUCGCUUUAACGAGAACAAUUUUGCAAGCAGUGAUUGGGAAGAUUCCCGAUUUAAAUGAUUUGAACAAUUUUGAUGUGCUCCAAGAGAAACUGAAAGAAAAGUUGUCUCGCAAGAAAUUUCUUCUCAUUCUGGAUGAUGUUUGGGAAGAGGAUUAUAGUAAAUGGGAUUUACUACAGAGACCCUUUCAUGCUGGGCCACAUGGGAGUAAAAUAGUUAUCACAACCCGUAAUGAAUGUGUUGCAUCUAUCACUAGUGCUGAUGCUUCAGCAUACCAUGUCAAAGUGCUGCCGGAUACUGAGUGCUUGUCAGUACUUGCUCUCCAUGCACUAGGGACUCCAAGUUUUGAUGCGCGCUUAGAUCUGAAGGAUAUUGGCGAAAAGAUUGUUAGAAGGUGUAAGGGACUUCCAUUGGCUGCGAAAGUACUUGGAGGUCUCUUGCGCAAUAAAUCAAGUCGUGAAGAGUGGGAAUGCAUACUAAGAAACGAAAUGUGGAACUUACUGGAAACAAGCAGUAGCAUUUUCUUGGCUCUAAAAUUGAGCUAUCAUUAUCUUCCUUGUUACUUGAAGCGUUGUUUUGUUUACUGUGCAAUUUUUCCGAAGGAUUAUGAAUUUGAUAGAGAGGAGUUGGUUUCACUAUGGAUGGCAGAAGGAUUUCUACAACACCCCAAAGGAAAGAAGCUUACGGAAGAUGUAGGGAUUAAAUAUUUUGAUGAUUUGCUAUCAAGGUCAUUUUUCCAGUCUUCAAGCCGUGUGCUUUCACGAUUUGUGAUGCAUGAUCUCAUUAGUGAUCUUGCUCAAUCCAUCGCUGGAGAAAUUUGUUAUACUUAUGAGAAUAAGUCAGAGGACAGCAUCUUAAGCUCGAAAUAUGAAAAGGUCCGUCAUGCAUCACUUGAUCUUUCUGAGAAAUAUGACUCACAACAGUAUGACGUCUUUGAUAAAAUGAAUAGCUUGAGAACGAUUGUCGGUUUACCAAUUCCUGGAAGAGAUCAAGAGAUUUUUCGGCAGUAUGGUUGUCAAUAUGAUUACACGAAGGUGCUGUGCAAGAUAUUGCCAAAAGCAAAAUCCGCAAGGGUGUUAUCUCUUACUAGUUCAGGAAUUUUUGUGAUACCGGACUCAAUUGGAGAUUUGAAGUAUAUAAGGCAUCUCAACUUGUCUCACACUUAUAUUCAACGACUCCCAGACUCUGUGAGUUCUCUUUUCCAUUUGCAAGCUUUAAUAUUACAUAAUUGUUUCAAUCUCGUCGAGUUGCCCAGAAAAAUUGGGAAUCUUGUAAACUUGCAGCAUCUUGAUAUUUAUCAUACGCCCAAGUUAAGAGAGAUGCCAUCAGAAAUUGGCAAGUUGAUCAAUCUUCAAAAGUUGUCGAACUUUAUUGUGAGAAAAGGUGAUGGAAAUACAAUCACAUACAUGAAGAACUUGUUGGAGCUUCGUGGUAGUCUAUCCAUUUGUGGGCUACAUAAUGUGACUGAUAUUCAAUCUGCAAGGUCAGCAAACAUGAAAAAGAAGCAAAACCUUGAAGAGUUGGUCUUAGAAUGGACAGAUAAUUUUUCUGACCCGCAAGUUAAAGCAAUUUAUGAUGAACAGAAUGAUGACAAGAAUGAAAUGUUGGUACUUCAAUCGCUUCAACCUCAUCGAAACUUGAAGAGGCUUACAAUUUCAUUCUAUGGUGGUUCUGAAUUCCCGUAUUGGGUGGGUGAUCCUAUGUCUUCUAAAUUGCUAUGCUUAAAUCUUAGGCAUUGUAGAAAAAUCAGAAUAUUACCACCACUAGGACAACUUUGCUUCCUAAAAGAACUCAGUAUAGAUGGCUUGGAUGGAUUGGAAACCAUAGGCCCUGAAUUCUUUGGGAGUGACUUACACUCUGUUGAGCCAUUUCGAUCUCUAGAGACUUUGGAAAUCAAGAAUAUGUCGGAGUGGAGGGAAUGGUCUCAUUUCUUCGGUGUUCAACAGGCAGAUGUAAGAUUUCCUAAUCUUCAGAGGUUGGUGUUACAGAAUUGUCCUAAACUGAUAGGCAAUCUGCCAAGUAGGUUGCCAUGUGGUCUGACACACAUUUGUGUAGAAGAUUGUGAUGCCCUUGAGUCCUUUCCUAUAGUAGACAGUAGUACUGGCAGGCAAUGCCUUCUGAAAGAACUGGAGAUUCGGAAUUGCUAUUCUCUCAAGUACUUUGACAGAAACUUCAAUUUCCCUUCCUCAUUAACAAGGCUGACAAUUGUUAAUUGUAGAAAUCUAGUGUUUCUACCUGAUGGACUGAUGCUAGAUGUUGGUGUAAAUGACAGCAAAAGUCAUUCUCAUCUUGAGUAUUUGGAGAUUAGCGGAUGUCCACUGAUUCCCUCCUUUCCAACUGGCAAAUUUCCUGCUGCUCUGAAUGAACUCCGAAUUGGGGGAAUGAUGCGUUUGGGAUCAAUUACGGGGGAGAUGUUCCACGAGAACAAUGUACUUGAAAGAGUUGAAAUCUGGAAUAAUGAUACUUUGAGAGCCCUGCCCUCCAUUAACAGUAUGCGGAGUCUCGGGCAUCUGUCCAUCAAUAAUUGUCCUGCUUUGGAGUCCUUCCCAAAAAUGGGCUUGGCCAUCCCCACUCUUAGAUACCUUGCAAUACAGAAUUGUCCAAAUUUGUUGUCACUGCCCAAACCUGAGCUAAGCCACCUCCCUUCGCUUCGAACCUUUAUCAUGUCCAAUUGUCGUGGAGUGGUGUCAUUAACAGAAGAAGGUGGUUUGCCCCCAAACUUAACUACACUCCAGGUUAGGGACUGUGAGAAUUUGAGGCAGCCAAUGGCAGAGUGGGGAUUGCGCAUGCUAUCCUCUCUUGAAAUACUUCAAGUUGAUGGGAUAUGUGAUGCCGUUGCCAAUGUGGUGUCUUUUCUAGAUGAUGGCGGUUGUUUGCUCCCCGCCUCUCUAUAUACCCUGUGGAUGGGGGAUUUCAUGAAUUUGGAAUCAAUUUCCAUGGGGCUCCAAAUGCUCACCUCUCUUACGCAUUUAGUCAUCCAAGACUGCCCCAAACUCCAGUCAUUCCCAAAAGAAGCAAUUCCUCCCAGUCUUUUACGAAUCAAUAUGUGUGGUUGUCCACUCCUAAAAGGAGACUACAUGAAGCUGAAGAAUGGAGAAGAUAGGCCCACCGUUGAAUUCACUGGUCGCAUUUUGAAAAACAGGAGAAACAAAAAUGCCUAUUCUUCAAUUUCACCAACUGCAACUCCGUCAAGAUCGCACGUAGUGAGCCAUUUGUGGUUAUUUAAACACACUGAUGGGGUGUUUUUACUUUUUCGCCAGAAUCAAAUUGAAUUGACACAAAUUUCUGUGAGUUCUCAGUUAUUCAACCUUCUGUUUUCUUCCGUCACGAUGGAGGUAGUUGCUGCUGUUGGAGGAGGUCUCAUAUCUGCUUCAGUUGACUCGCUGUUUGAAAAGUUGGCAUCUGGUGAAUUGCUCAAGUUUGCUCGGGAGGAGCAAAUGCUUGCAGACCUCAAGAACUGGGAGAUCAUGCUGAUCAAAAUCAAUGCUUUGCUCGAUGAUGCCGAAGAGAAGCAAAUGAUGGACCGGGGACUGAAAAUAUGGCUUGAUGAGCUUCGAGACUUGGCCUAUGACAUAGAGGAUGUGUUGGAUGAGUUUUCCACAGAAGCUUUGAAGCUCAAGGUGAUGGGAGAUUCUCAAACAAGCACAAUUAAGCUCCCAACUUGUUUCACUGGCUUUAGUCCUGCUUCUUUUGCAUUUAAGAAGAGGAUGGCAUCCAAGACAAAUGAUAUUACUUCAAGAUUACAGCGUAUUACAGUGCAAGAGCAAACUCUCAAUUUGACAAAGAUUGCACGAGAGAGAUCUAACAAGUUGAAGGAAAGACCACCAACAAGUUCUUUGAUACAAGAAUCACAUACUUAUGGUAGGAAGGAUGAUAAGGAAGCAUUUGUUCGAAAGUUGUUGACUGAUGAAGUUGGGGACAAUCCAGUUCGUGUGAUCCCUAUAUUGGGGAUGGGAGGAAUUGGAAAGACCACUUUGGCUCAGCUAGUCUACAAUGACCCCAGAGUGAAGGCGUCCUUUGAGAUCAGAAUAUGGGUAUGCAUUUCAGAACAUUUUGAUGUUGUUGCUUUAACGAGAACAAUUUUGCAAGCAGUAAUUGGGAAGAUUCCUGAUUUAAAUGAUUUGAACAAUUUUGAUGUACUCAAAGAGAAACUGAAAGAAAAGUUGUCUCGCAAGAAAUUUCUUCUCGUUCUAGAUGAUGUUUGGGAAGAGGAUUAUAGUAAAUGGGAUUUACUACAGAGACCCUUUCAUGCUGGGCCACAUGGGAGUAAAAUAGUUAUCACAACCCGUAAUGAAUGUGUUGCAUCUAUCACUAGUACUGAUGCUUCAGCAUACCAUGUCAAAGUGCUGCCGGAUACUGAGUGCUUGUCAGUACUUGCUCUCCAUGCACUAGGGACUCCAAGUUUUGAUGCGCGCUUAGAUCUGAAGGAUAUUGGCGAAAAGAUUGUUAGAAGGUGUAAGGGACUUCCAUUGGCUGCGAAAGUACUUGGAGGUCUCUUGCGCAAUAAAUCAAGUCGUGAAGAGUGGGAAUGCAUACUAAGAAACGAAAUGUGGAACUUACUGGAAACAAGCAGUAGCAUUCUCUUGGCUCUAAAAUUGAGCUAUCAUUAUCUUCCUUGUUACUUGAAGCGUUGUUUUGUUUACUGUGCAAUUUUUCCGAAGGAUUAUGAAUUUGAUACAGAGGAGUUGGUUUCACUAUGGAUGGCUGAAGGAUUUCUACAACAUCCCAAAGGAAAGAAGCUAGCAGAAGAGGUAGGGAUUAAAUAUUUUAAUGAUUUGCUAUCAAGGUCAUUUUUCCAGUCUUCAAUCAGUACGCAGUCACGAUUUGUGAUGCAUGAUCUCAUUAGCGAUCUUGCUCAAUCCAUCGCCGGUGGAAUAUGUUAUAAUAAUAAGUCAGAGGACAUCAUGUUAAGCUCGAGAUAUGAAAAGGUCCGUCAUGCAUCACUUGAUCUUUUUGAGAAAUAUGACUCACAAGAGUGUGACGUCUUUGAUGAAAUGAAUAGCUUGAGAACAAUUGUUGGUUUACCAAUUCUUGGAAGAGAUCAGGAGAUUUUUCAGCAGUGUGGUUAUGUUCAAUAUGGAUACAAGAAGGCGCUGUGCAAGAUAUUGCCAAAAGCAAAAUUCGUGAGGGUGCUAUCUCUUACUAGUCCAACUAUUUUUGUGAUACCAGACUCAAUCGGAGAUUUGAAGUAUGUAAGGCAUCUCAACUUCUCUCACACCUCUAUUCAACGACUCCCUGAGUCUGUGAGUUCUCUUUUCAAUUUGCAAGCGUUGAUAUUACACAAUUGUUUUAAUCUCACCGAGUUGCCCAGAAAAAUUGGGAAUCUAGUAAACUUGCAGCAUCUUGAUAUUUAUCAUACACCCAAGUUAAGAGAGAUGCCAUCAGAAAUUGGCAAGUUGGCCAAUCUUCAGAAGUUGUCGAACUUUAUUGUGAGAAAAGGUGGUGGAAAUACAAUCACAUACAUGAAGAACUUGUUGGAGCUUCGUGGUAGUCUAUCCAUUUGUGGGCUACGUAAUGUGACUGAUAUUGAAUCUGCAAAGUCAGCAAACAUGAUAAAGAAGCAAAACCUUGAAGAGUUGGUCUUACAAUGGACAGAUCAUUUGUUUUACUCGCAAGUUAAAGCAGAUUAUGUUGAACAGAAUGAUGACAAGAAUGAAAUUUUGGUACUUCAAUCUCUUCAACCUCAUCCAAACUUGAAGAGGCUUACCAUUUCAUUCUAUGGUGGUUCUGAAUUCCCGUAUUGGAUGGGUAAUCCUAUGUCCUCUAAAUUGUUCUGCUUAAAUCUAAGGCAUUGUAGAAAAAUCAGAAUAUUACCACCAUUGGGACAACUUUGCUUCCUAAAAGAACUCAGUAUAGAUGGCUUGGAUGAAUUGGAAACCAUAGGCCCUGAAUUCUUUGGGAGGGACUUACACUCUGUUGAGCCAUUUCGAUCUUUAGAGACUUUGGAAAUCAAGAAUUUGCCGGAAUGGAGGGAAUGGUCUCCUUUUAUCGGUGUUGAGCGGGCAGAGGUAAGAUUUUCUAAUCUUCAGAGGUUGGUGUUACAGAAUUGUCCUAAACUGAUAGGUAAUCUGCCAAGUAGGUUGCCAUGUGGUAUGACGUACAUUUGUGUAGAAGAUUGUGAUGCUCUUGAGUCAUUUCCUAUAGUAGACAGUAGUACUAGCAAGGAAUGCCUUCUGGAAGAACUUGAGAUUCGAAAUUGCUAUUCUCUCGAGCGCUUUGACAGAAACUUCAAUUUCCCUUCCUCAUUAACAAGGCUGACAAUUGUUAAUUGUAGAAAUCUAGUGUUUCUACCUGAUGGCCUGAUGCUAGAUGCUGGUGAAAAUGACAGCAAAAGUCAUUCGCGUCUUGAGUAUUUGGAGAUUAGUGGAUGUCCACUGAUUCCCUCCUUUCCAACUGGCAAAUUUCCUGCUGCUCUCAAUGAACUCCGAAUUGGGGGACUGAUGCAAUUGGGAUCAAUUACAGGGGAGAUGUUCCACGAGAACAAUGUACUUGAAAGAGUUGAAAUCUGGAAUAAUGAUACUUUGAGAGUCCUGCCCUCCAUUAACAGUAUGCAGAGUCUCAGGCAUCUGUCGAUCGAUAAUUGUCCUGCAUUGGAGUCCUUCCCAAAAACGGGCUUGGCCGUCCCCGCUCUUAUAUACCUUGCAGUACAGAAUUGUCCAAAUUUGUUGUCACUGCCCAAACCUGAGCUUAGCCACCUCCCUUCGCUUCGAACCUUUAUCAUGUCCAAUUGUCGUGGAGUGGUGUCCUUAACAGAAGAAGGUGGUUUGCCCCCAAACUUAACUACACUCCAGAUUAGGGACUGUGAGAAUUUGAGGCAGCCAAUGGCAGAGUGGGGAUUGCACAUGCUAUCCUCUCUUGAAAUACUUCAAGUUGAUGGGAUAUGUGAUGCUGUUGCCAAUGUGGUGUCAUUUCUAGAUGAUGGCGGUUGUUUGCUCCCCACCUCUCUAAUUGCUCUGUGGAUGGGGGAUUUCAUGAAUAUGGAAUCAAUUUCCUUGGGGCUCCAAAUGCUCACCUCUCUUAAGUAUUUAAUCAUCCAAGACUGCCCCAAACUCCAGUCAUUCCCAAAAGAAGCAGUUCCUCCCAGUCUUUUACGAAUCAGUAUGUGUGGCUGUCCACUCCUAAAACGAGACCACUUGAAGCUGAAGAAUGAAGAAGAUAGGCCCACCGUUGAAUUUUUCUGGUAAUGCUGUGUCUGGUGUAACUUUUUCUAACACUGCAAAAGGAAUGAUACUUCUGGCAGAGCCGCAGAGCCUGAAUAGUACUGGUCACAUUUUGAAGAACAGGACCAAAAAAAUGGCUGUCUUCAAUUUCACCAACCGCAACUCCGUCAAGAUCGCACAUAGUGAGCCAUUUGUGGUUAAUUUCUUUUUCAUUCUUGCAGCCAUGUACAGAUACAAUUGCAUACUUGCAUGCACUUCAACUAUUCAGAGGACUGUCCUUGAUCUGCAUCUUUCAUAUUAUUGGAACAUAGAGUCUGAUCUUCCAGAAGAUAUACCAAUAUAAUAUUUGUGAUCAAAAUUGUUAAGAA